ACCAUUCUCCCAGCGAUUGGAUGCCCUAUAUACAAUGGACGCAGCUGUUAUCAUGCUUGACUGGAGACCUGUGCAAUGUACACAACAACAUCCGUGUUCUUAGCGACUUUGACCCGUGCCGGCGUCACACAUGCGUUCGUCAACUGGGGCUCGGAUCACCCUGCUAUGCUGGAGGAGCUGGCACGGCAACGACGAGAAAGUACGGAUGGGAGGACAAUACCUACGAUCAUUACUUGCCCGAACGAGAUGGUCGCGCUCAGCGCAGCGCAGGGAUAUGCCCAGAUUACGGGGAACCCCGCAGCAGUGAUAGUACAUGUUGAUGUUGGUACUCAGUCGCUUGGCGGUGCCGUCCAUAACGUCGACAAGGGUAGAAUACCCGUCAUAAUCUUCGCUGGUGCCUCCGCACAUAGCUCGGAUGGUGAGCUUAAAGGGUCUAGGAAUGAAUGGAUCAUGUGGCUACAAGAUAUACCUGAUCAGUCCGCUAUCGUUCGGCAAUAUAUGCGAUGGACGUAUGAGAUUCAUAGUGGUCGGAACGUUGCGCAGGCUGUGAUGCGCGGCCUGCAGAUUGCCACGAGCGAGCCCCGGGGGCCGAUAUAUCUCUGGGCUCGGCGGGAAGCCAUGGAAGAAGAGGUCAACGAGCAAGUCAUGAAUGCUCAACUGAGCAGGAAGGCAUGGCCUUCUGUCUCCCCCGCGGGGCUGUCUCCAGAAGAUGCGAAGACGAUCGCCUCAGCGUUGAUCCAAGCUAAAACACCGCUGAUUAUCACCUCGCGGAUGCGCUCUAAGAGCGCUUCGUUUGCGCAUCUCACGGCCCUGGUCGAUAUCUUAGCCAUACCCAUUUGCGUCUCGUGCCCAUCUACCGUCUGCUUCCCCUUUUCCCAUCCUUGCUACCAAGGCACAUUCUUCGGCAUCCUUUCAGUGGAGAUGCAAGAAACGAUCGCUUCGGCCGAUACCAUACUCAUCCUGGACUGUGACGUGCCAUGGAUCCAGAGCCGCGGGACUAAACCGCGAUCAAACGCGCGAGUCUUCCUCCUCGACUCGGGGGAUCCUCUCAAGCUGGGAAUGGGCUUUGCUCACGUUGACGCCGAGAUCAUCUGCAGCGCGGAUGCAGAGACGGCUGUCGGCCAGAUCUUGACUUUCGUCAACGAUCAGAAAACCACUUCGGGAGAUGUCAGCGAGAUUGUAGCUCAACGAUUCGACUGCUUGCGAGCGCGGCACGAUGAAUGGGUCGCUAACAUCGACACGCUCGAAACAACACUUCCCGAGGAUGGAUCGUUCACCGUGCCGAAUCUACUUCAUGUCCUACGUCACGCGGUGCGCGAGCAUACUCCCAGCGAAGGACAGCGCAUCAUCAUCCUCAACGAGGCGAUCAGCAACUAUGCAUUCGUGUGGACGCACAUGCGUCCCGAGCGAGCAGGCGAAAUCAUAUCUUCGGGCGGGUCAUCGUUGGGGUGGGCGCUAGGCGCUGCGGUUGGGGCAAAUAUGGGUGGCCAAGUGGCCGGAAAGGAAUUUGACCUCAUUGUAGCCAUCGUUGGCGAUGGCAGUUACCUUUUCGGGGCUCCCAGCUCGGCGUACUGGAUGGCAAGGAAGUACAACACACCUUUCUUGACAAUCGUCCUCAACAAUGGUGGAUGGAAGUCUCCCAAGCUCUCGAUGCUUGGUGUCUACCCGCACGGGCUCGGAAGCAAACUGGCCGGCGACAACCUAACCGUCGGCUUUGGGCCGGAGGCGCCGGACUACGCCGAGAUAGCUGCUGCCGCCGGCGGCGCAUGGGGGCGUCGCGUGGGCAGGUUCGAAGAGCUGCAGGAAACGUUCGCGGAAGCGAUCGCCGCCGUCGUUGUCGAGAAGCGCUGCGCUGUCGUAGACUGUGUUCUCGAGUCGAUCUGAUGGACGCCGAGGGUCCCGGCGAUAUCGGGCAAUGCGUCCCAAUCGUGGACGUAGUUGCGCGCAGGUCGCGCGUAUGAUAUAAUGUUACUUAGGUCCGUGGGCGCUCGGCACAGACGUUCGUGGCGCGCCGCUGUCUGCCGUGGCCAGGGGACGCGAUGAACUGAACAAAUGCUUCCGGUUGGCGUCGCUUUGACGACAUCACUUCCGUCUUAAUUAACUGCUUUCCGCUUGUCG